GCGACUAUGCAACGUAUAUAAAGUCAAGUGACGGGAAUAUAUCCGUACACAAUUACAUCCGAUUGAGAGUAAUAUACGUCUUAGCCAUGAAAUUUACAGUGGUGUAUCUGUUCGCUGUUAGCGCUAUUGUCUAUGUGUACGGACGGCCGCAAGAUCAUUACACAGAUAAAUAUGACAAUAUAGAUGUAGAUAAGAUUCUAAAUAAUGAUCGAUUAUUGAAGCGAUACAUCGACUGCAUAUUGGACAAGGUAGAUAUCGGAUGCCCUCCUGAAACUCUUGAAAUAAAGAAAAACUUAUCUGAAGCACUACGCACUGAUUGUGAAAAGUGUACAAAUCAACAGAUAAAACUUGUGGAUAAGACGAUACAGUUUCUAAUACUUAACAAAAGAAGUAUGUGGGACGAAGUGAUAGCUAAAUACGAUCCGGAAAGAAUAUAUGCGCCGAAGUUUGAAGAUAAGGCUUUGAACAAACAGAGAAUUUCGUUGCUCGAAACAAGAGAAAAUUCGGAGUCUGCACCGAAUCGCUCACAAAGAUACGGAUUUUUACCUGGCGUGUCCGAGCCUGCGUCUCAGGCUCUCGUUAUAGAGGUACAGCACGCGCCUCUUUUCGCGUUUCCUGUAGAAAAACGAGCAGAUCACGCGUCGCAAUCGUUGCGUAGCAACAUAGCCCUCGCCGAUGCCCGAGUCUAUGUUCCCCUCGGGAUCGCAGAUAUUGACUCCACCGAGUGCCUGCACCAGGUUGCACACGAAGAGUACAAAAGUCUGCUCGACACAGGAAGCAACUAUGUCGCGCGUAUUUUUCUCGAUAAAUUAUGCAUCGCAUCAAUCUGGUUCACCACGAUGAGGCAUCUAGUCGUCGCUCUUAUCACCACGUGCACCCUUUCGUUCAUCGUUGUUCUCGCAGAUGAGGUGCAGUAUACGACGAAAUACGACAAUAUAGAUGUGGACGCGGUGAUAAAUAGCGAUAGGCUGUUGAACGGAUACGUGGGUUGUCUGCUCGAUCGGACUCCCUGCACCCCAGAUGCGGCGGAACUGAAAAAAAAUUUACCGGACGCGUUGGAGCAUGACUGCGCCGGAUGCAGCGAAAUACAAAAGAACGCAGCAGACAAGAUUUCUCAUCAUUUGAUCGAUAAUAAACCGGACGAUUGGAAACUUUUGGAGGACAAAUAUGACCCUACCGGGGCAUAUCGACGGCGUUACUUGGAGAACAAGUCUAAAGAAAACAGCAGAGUGGAUUGAAAUUGUUUCCUCACGUCGUAAGGACUGCGAUUUUGGAUUUUUAAUGCCAACCACGGCUAUCCUCUGGACUUAAUUGCUUAUUGUAAUCCUUGUCACACGGCGAUUUCAUUUUACAUAACGCAGAAGAUCCAAUCUUUCGCGUAAUCUUUCCUCGUCCUUCAGCAUAAAAGUUCUUCUAUAUAUAACAUAAAACAAAAAAUGAUUAAAAAAAUAAUAACCGGUAUUUACAUUGAAUAACAUUUUUUCUUACAUUAAUGCGUGCACAUUU